CCUCACAUAUUAGGUUCCCCUGUCCUAAGAAGCAGAAUUAGCCUGGAAUCUUGUGCACUUGUUUCCUUCAAUCCUAGGAAGGAGGUGACGGCAUGAAGGGAAAACGAGAGGGAAAUACAGACUCUCAAGAGGCUUUGAGACAAACUUAAGGAAGGAGGAUAAAUUGUGUGAAGGGAAGAUGAACAUGCAGAUGCUUGUUGUUUGAUGCGGCUUCACUGAAGGCAUGUGGCUGCCUGCACACAGUGUUUCCCUCCACACUCUCCAGCCGACUGGUGGAAGAUCUGCAUUCAUGUGGCUGAGUGCUACAUGAUUUAUCCACCCAAAAUAACGUGAGAAUACUUUCUUUGCUCCACUCUACGCGGACGUAUCCGUACUACUUUAUGCCGGCUGACGCACUGAGUUCUGGAGCUGGGGAGAACGGAUCUAAAUCAGUCUGAACAACGUGAGGACCUGAGGCAGCAGAUGUGGGGCUCAGGAAGUGUAAACCGACCGGCGCCGGUCCCUGCCUUCCUCAGGAACCCACCUGUCCUCCCGCCGCCUCUGGACAUGAAGCCUUUCCUCCAGUUUCCCCUGGAGUCGCCUCAUCCGGCCGGCAUCGGCCUCUUCCACAACUUUAACGCCAUGGACCCGGUCCAGAAGGCUGUGAUGACGCAUACCUUCGGGCCGCCUAUUGUGAAAACAAAGAGGCCGAUAAUCUCCUGCAACGUUUGUCAAAUACGCUUCAACUCAGAGAGUCAAGCAGAGGCGCACUAUAAAGGGAACCGCCACGCUCGAAGGGUGAAGGGCAUCGAGACGUCGAAGACAUCGCGUCUCCAAGACGGCGACAAACAUCAACCUCGGCCUCCAUCCUCGCCCUCCCCACCCGGCCUCACGCCGUCCAGCCCGACGUCUGACCCAAACCCCAACAAGCAGGAUGAUCCUCAGUCCUGCCCCAGCCUGAAAGACUCACCUUUGACCCCUAGCCACCUCCCGACAACUCAGAUGAACUCGGCAGAUGCAGAGUUGUCUGUCGGCGCACCUCUGCCGUCCUCUCCCUCCUCCUCGGCAGCCCUCAGCGGCUCCUCCGGGGACCCGGCGGCGGCUGCUCUACCUGACACCCCCUCCCCGGCACCGAGCCCGACUUCAGGAGAGUCAGAGGAAGAAAAAGCCAAAAAGCUGCUCUACUGCUCUCUCUGCAAAGUGGCUGUUAAUUCCCUUUCACAGCUGGAGGCGCAUAACAAAGGAACCAAACACAAAACUAUCCUGGAGGCUCGAAGUGGACUGGGGCCCAUCAAAGCGUACCCUCGCCUGGGUCCCAAACCCAGCCCUGAGCAGGGAGGGGAGCUCUCCUCCGACCCAAACACUCAGGAACGCACCUUCCACUGUGAGAUAUGCAACGUCAGAGUCAACUCUGAGCUGCAGCUCAAACAGCAUAUAUCGAGCAGAAGGCAUCGGGACGGAGUUGCGGGUAAACCUAAUCCUCUUCUCAGUCGGCACAAGAAGCGCACAGACUUUAUGGAACUUCCAAAAACUCUGGGGCCUGGACUUUUACCCAGUCCUCUGGCUGUCGCCGCAGCAAUGGCGGCAGCAGCAUCGUCAAACCAACUGGCCCUCCGGCCUCCUGGGCCGGCCCCCCACCCUCACCCACACCUGCUACAGGGAACGCCCCUCAGCCUGCUGAGGCCGGCCCCGGGCCCCAUCCGCACCACACACGGGCCCAUCCUCUUCACUCCGUACUAACGGCGACGGAAUGGAGGAGAAUCAGGAAGAAGCACACUGUGAACUGGAGGCAACCAUGUGCCAUCGAGAGCCAAACUGGCUGGACUGGCUGCACAUUUUGUUUUAUUUAUAGAAGAUAAAAUACUACUCCUCAUUGUGUUGAGAUGUUUCUAUCCGUCAUCACCCGAGUGUCGGCUGGUGAUCAAAAUCUACGAGCUGAUCGUUUGAAGAGGACGUCUUCGCGUCUGCAGCUAGAUGUCUUCAACUCAAGUGUCCAAAAAUGUUUUCAUUCUUCUUGAAGUUUCUGAACCAUUUCACUGGGAUGUUAUGUGACGGACCAACACAACGUUCACAAGAUAACACAAAAGAAGAAAUCUGAAAACAGGAGUGUUCAUUUGUUUCCAGCCCCUCAAAGUGAAAAUUUCUAGAACGGCAUUCUGUCGCCGUCUUUCUAUAGACUUUGUAAAUCAAGAAACACAUUAUUGCUCAUUCUUUUAGAGCCCAAUCUGAGUCAGACUGGAGCAGCUGCACGCGUCUCACUGCAGAAACUAAAUCUGAAACUAAACCUGAGUCGGUCGGAUUUAGUUCUGGACUUUAUACCAUCACUACUGGUAGUUAUCUUGCUGUAUUUUGGUAUCAAUCUGAUACCAGGUAAAUACAGGACCGGUAUCGCUGGUACAAAUACCGAUAUUAAUCAUUUAAGCAUGACAACAUCAAACUUUUGUGGUUUUUCCAUUGAAUUAUUUUGUUAAUUCAAAACAAGCAAUUCUAGGGCAGAAUUUAGAUAAAAUGUGUUGGUGUCCCACAAGUGACACCAACACAUUUUAUUCAAAACUUGAAUCAUCUGAAUAAUAACCACUUUGUGUUGGUCUGUCACUUAUAAUCCCAAGAAAAAAAAACACAAAAUGUUCAAAGAAGUUCAAGAGGUAUUAAUAUUUUUGAGGCACUAACAUCCCAUGUGGCAGACUUCAAACCCUACCUCUCUUUUGUUUAUUAUGUUCAUCUCUCUGCAUUACAGUUUUACAGCAAUUAUAUGAUACAAACACAGAACUAGAUGUAGUAGAUGCGUCUUCUGGAGUUAGCUGGACUCACGCCAUAGCUGUCAUCGUAGAUUGGAUUAUACCACUGUAACGUUCUGCUCUUGUUGCAAUUAGCAGAUGACUCUCUGUGGUUUCUGUCUGGUCACCUGUCGAUGGCUGACCUCUGUGGGACACAAAAAAGAAGAAAAGGGGAAAUAGCAAAUGAUAGGACUUUAUAUUGCAUCUUAAAGCUGAAGUGAUAUACAUAGGAAUUUGUAAAGAAGAAACUGCUGUUGCACUAUGCAGAUGUCAGUAUUUGUUUUUGUGUUACGUGUAAAAUGCAGUAAGGCUGGAGAAAUUGCUAGAAGAAAAUCAUUUUCAUUUUUUGUUUUAUUUUGUUUUUUACUCAGUGAAGACGUUGUACUACCAAUGAACUCUUCCUCCAACCAUUCUGU